AUGUUUAAUUAUGAAACCGGACUCUGCACACCAGGAUCGUCAAUAAGCAGAAUCGAACUCCCACCAAGUUCAGCCGAAGGCAGCCUUUACUACAGCUGCGACUCACACCAAGGAUUCAGCCUGAAAACCUAUGGAUCCACAGUUGCCUGUGUAGGUCUAUUUCGGCCCAAACUAAACUAUACCAUGGCAGACGCUGAGUGUACUAACAAAGGAGGCUUUCUCAUGUCAGUGAAAACUGUAGACAAACUGAUAAUUCUGACUCAAAUCUGGGACUUCAACAAUACGUGGGUGGGUUGCGAUGACUUGGCAGAACAAGGGCAGUAUAGGUGGAAGGAAGACGGCGACCUGUUGACCACUGAGACCAUCAGCUCCAUCUUUAGCAAGAAUGAACCCAGCGACAACGGGCAGGACUGUGUCAACAUUGGGGCGGGGUCAGGCAAGCUGGGAGACAUGCUCUGUCAGAUGUCUGCCCCCUACGUUUGUGAGAUUCUCUUACCCUAA